UUGUUCUGUGAGAGCAAUGGCCAGGUCAGAGAAUAUCCCUCUGGAGGAGGAGAUGGUGAGCAUCCUGGACCAAUGCGGGCCAGCUCUAACAUAUGUCCUAUAUAGCAAGUUUGGAUGUACUGCUUUGCUCCAUGGUGUUGAUGCCGGUGCAGGUGCAAUGAAGUUCAAGAAGCCAGUAUUUAAGCACGGAACUGUCCAUUCCGACUCCAGAGAUGCAAGGAAAAGUGUACAACCAUUUAUCGAGCUCUGCAGUGCCUAUCAUGAUACAUUAAGGGAGGCCAGACGCUGGUAUUUGGAUGUUUUGUACCCUGCCUCGAAGAAUGCAAUCACCAUUCACAACAAUUUCAUCCAGCACUUUGGCCAGAGGGAGUUUGAAGAGCUUCUUUCCCUUCAGACCAAGAGGGAAGUUUCCAUCGAGGAGAACUUUAAAGAUGGCCGCUUUGGAUUGACCAUCCAGGGGGCUUCUAGAGGGUUCAAAGCUGCUGUGUUAGAGGUGGAAGCCCUGUGCUGCGAAGUCCAAGAGGAUUUUGCAAAAGAACAGUUGAGUUUAAUGGGCCUGCAAUCUCCCAUCAGUUCCCCAAGGAAGCCUCUAGAUGACAACAGUUCUGACUAUAAAGAGAGACAGCAACAUUUUCCCGGACUUGAAAUUGUCAGGGUUCAGAAGGUGGAGAACAAAGCUCUGAAGCAGGUCUUUGACCUCAGGAAGAGGCAUUUGCAGGUGUCUACCUCUUCUCAGCGAAUGUACCAGCGCUUGCCUGUGCAAUUCUGUGACCUACUCAGCAGAGUGGGCUUUCAGAUGGAGUUUGCACCACCUGAUGGUAAGAGAGAUUCCGAUUGCGUUUACACCACCUGACGGUAAGAGAGAUUCAGAUGGAGUUUACACCACCUGAUGGUAAGAGAGAUUCCGAUUGCGUUUACACCACCUGACGGUAAGAGAGAUUCAGAUGGAGUUUACACCACCUGAUGGUAAGAGAGAUUCCGAUUGCGUUUACACCACCUGACGGUAAGAGAGAUUCAGAUGGAGUUUACACCACCUGAUGGUAAGAGAGAUUCCGAUUGCGUUUACACCACCUGACGGUAAGAGAGAUUCAGAUGGAGUUUACACCACCUGAUGGUAAGAGAGAUUCCGAUUGCGUUUACACCACCUGACGGUAAGAGAGAUUCAGAUGGAGUUUGCACCACCUGAUGGUAAGAGAGAACUGUAGAAUAAGAAUGAAAUUCCACAAAUAGAGUACAUUUUGCAUCCCUUUUAUAUUUCAAUCAAGGUUUUGCACUAAUAUUGAAUUUUAAAAGCCUGUCAUACUAAACUAAGUGCCCUUUAAUAUAGACCAUUUGGAACGUUCAAUAAAUCCGAUUUUUUAUAUGAAUAAAAACUUGCUGAAGUCCCUCGUCAUGUUUUUCCAACUUCUAGGAAGAUUUUAACCCACUUUAACGCCAACAUUUCUCAUGGUUCCACCAUCUUUGUAAAAGCCUAGUUACAGUAUGUUCUUGCUUUGAAAGUCAUUUCUGAAGAUUUUAAUUUAUUUUACGUGAUUAGUGAUUCAUUUACAAGUGUCCCUCAUUUAAGGUCAACCCUGUUGCGUGAACUGAACUCUCGUUUUAAUAUGGUUAAACUUCCUAUUCCUUCCUUUUUUUCUAAAUAAACAUUGAACAUCAACAUGUUCAGGCUCCCGAGUGGUGCAGUGGUCUAAGGCACCUCAUCUCGGUGCUA